AUGUCUUUUACGCAACAAACAGGCACAAUGCUUGCAAUUGAAGACAAACAGUCAGACACAGACCGUCUCGACGAGGCUCUCGUGGUGUCCUCCUGCUCAAGACUGCGGCUCCCGAAAGGAAAAGAAGAGGACACGGUGUUUCCCGUCAAUGGAUUCCCGGUUGAUACCAAUUCAACAUCCCUGUUGCUGCCUCGAGAUCGGCUUACCCACGAAACAAGUCCGUACCGUUUUUACGCCAAAUGGAAACGGGCUUCAUCGUUGCCUAUCCUCAUGUCGCCCACAACGGUCUAA